CUAGCCGGCUCUGGCGGCGCUGCGGGAGGAGGGAGGGCCGGCGCGGCCACCGAUGCAGCGGCGCUGGGAACUGCCGGGUCUGGAGGUAGAGGAGGAACGCGCCACCGCGCCGUCUCUCUCUCCGUCUCCCGCGCGCUCCGCCCGCCGGCCGCUGGCCCACAGCCCGCACCCGGCUCCUUGGGUGCGGGAGGACCCUCCCAGGGGGCCGCGCUGGGGCGCGGGGGAGGGGUCCUCCCUGCUUCCCGGUGACUGGGGCGGAGGCUUCGGCGAGGAGGAUGGCGCCCGGGAGAGGCGCCGUGGCGCCGAGAGCACCAGCUACGCCAGACUCGGCCUGAUGGACGGUUGGUGUGGACAAUGAGGGAAGGAGGUGCCGCCCACACCCCAGAGGUGACCUCAGAACGAGCGCUGGAAGCCCCCGAGACCCGGCACCAUGCGGCUGGCCUGCCUGUUCGCCUUCAUCCUCCUGUUUGGAGCUGCGGGCCUGCUCCUCUUUAUCAGCCUGCAGGACCCCACGGAGCUGGCUCCCCAGCAGGUGCCAGGAAUGAAGUUCAGCAUCAGGCUACAGCCACCCCGCCAAGCCUACCCACCAGGCAGUUCCCAGGAUGGUGACUCAAAGGUGCCUACACAGAGGGACACCCGGGGCUGGCCCAGUCUGGUCCCCAGGGCCCCCAACGCACAGUGGGACAGCCGCGGGCCUCUGGCGCAUCGCCCGCCUGGACCUCAUCCCAAGGCCAGGGCUCCACUGCGAUUCCAGCAGCGGCGGCGGAGGCUGCUGAUCAAGAAGAUGCCAGCCGCUGUUACCACACCCGCCCACAACCUGACCAGCACGCUGGCCUGGCCGGGCCCCCGGGAGCCGAGCAGCCACUGGGUCCACCUGCAGCAGCGGCAGCAGGAACGCAAGAGGCUGAUGCACGAGGCGUGUGCCAAGUAUCGGGCGAGUGGCAGCCGCCGGGCCGUGACACCACGCCACGUGUCCCGCAUCUUCGUGGAGGACCGCCACCGCGUGCUCUACUGUGAGGUGCCCAAGGCUGGCUGCUCCAACUGGAAGCGGGUGCUCAUGGUGCUGGCUGGGCUGGCCGCGUCCACCGGCCACAUCCAGCACGACACGGUGCACUACAGCAGUGCCCUGCGGCGACUGGACACCUUCGACCGCCAGGGCAUCCUGCACCGCCUCAGCACCUACACCAAAAUGCUCUUCGUGCGCGAGCCCUUCGAGAGGCUGGUCUCGGCCUUCCGGGACAAGUUCGAGCACCCCAAUAGCUACUACCACCCCGUCUUCGGCAAGGCCAUCCUGGCCCGCUACCGGGCCAACGCCUCACGGGAGGCGCUGCGGAGCGGCUCCGGGGUGAGGUUCCCUGAGUUUGUCCAGUACUUGCUGGACGUCCACCGGCCCGUGGGCAUGGACAUCCACUGGGACCACGUCAGCAGGCUCUGCAGCCCCUGUCUCAUCGACUAUGACUUUGUGGGCAAAUUUGAAAGCAUGGAGGACGAUGCCAACUUCUUCCUGAGUCUGAUCCAGGCGCCCCGGAACCUGACUUUCCCCCGCUUCAAGGACCGACACUCGCAGGAGGCACGGACCACGGCUGGGAUCACCCACCAGUACUUCGCCCAGCUCUCCACCCUGCAGCGGCAGCGGGCCUACGACUUCUACUACAUGGACUACCUAAUGUUCAACUACUCCAAGCCCUUUGCAGACCUGUACUGAGGGUGGGCCCUGCCUCUGGCGCCCCCUGCCCAGGGCAGGAGUUGGGGUGCAUCGUACCCAAGUGGGGGACAGAGGUCCUGGUCCAUGGGUGGGACCCUUUCCUUCCCUCCUGGGAUGGAGAAGCCCUUGGGAGUAGAGUGGACACCCCAGGUAUCCCAUCUGCCCUCACUCCAUUCGGCCUAAUGGCGCAAGGACCAGGAAAGGAUGGGGGCCUGGCAGCAAGGGAUGUCUGGUGGCCCCUGAACCAUUGCCUCCUUCCAAACCACACGGUGUGCGCUUUUCUACAGCCCCAGGAGGUCCCCUGGGGACCCGGCUCUAAA